AUGUGCACCAACAUAGUCUACGAGUGGCUGAAGACCCUGCAGCUCCCCCAGUACGCGGAGUCCUUCGUCGAUAAUGGCUACGACGACUUGGAGGUCUGCAAGCAGAUCGGCGACCCGGACCUGGAUGCCAUCGGCGUGGCCGUGCCCCACCACCGGCGCCGAAUCCACGAAGCCGUGCGGCGGCUGAAGGAGGCGGACGAGAGCGCGGCGGGGCUCUACUUCACCCUGGAGCCGCCGCCGCCGCCCCCCGGCCCCGCCGGGCGCUGUCCCCGCCGGGCGGGGGGGCCGGAGGAGCCCCGGAGGGGGGCGGCCCCCAGGGCCCGGCCCGGUGGGCGGCGGGGGGCGGCCGGUGCCGGGGGGCUGGUCGCGUACCCCAGGUUGAAGCUGAAGAUCAUGAUCCGGGACAAGCUCAUCCGCGAUGGCAUCAACCUGAGCAAACCGCCCUACUCCAACAAGGACGGGUCACUGGGAAAUAUUGAUGAUCUGGCACAGCAGUAUGCAGACUACUAUAACACCUGCUUCACAGAUGUGUGUGAGAGGAUGGAAGAGCUGCGCAAGCGGAGGGUUUCCCAAGACCUUGAUUUGGAGAAACCUGAUGCCAGCCCCACAUCUCUACAGCUGCGAUCCCAGAUUGAGGAGUCACUUGGUCUCAGCAGCACCGCAUCAACACCUGACACUGAAAGAAAGCUCUCCAUUCAUAAAUCAAGUUCAGAAGAAGGCUCUGUAGGGAAAACAGACUGGAAAAAGAAAAACAAGUUUUUUUGGCAGAAUUUCCGAAAGAACCAGAAAGGACUAAUGAGGCAGACUUCAAAAGGAGAGGAUGUCGGUUAUGUGGCCAGUGAGAUCACGAUGAGUGAUGAGGAACGGAUCCAGCUGAUGAUGAUGGUGAAAGAGAAGAUGAUCACUAUUGAGGAAGCACUUGCUAGGCUGAAAGAGUAUGAAGCCCAGCACAGGCAAUCAAGCACUGUAGAUUCUACAGAAUGGCCUGAUGGCUCUUACUCGACACUUGAUGGGUCUUCCAAUUGUAAUUCAAGAGAACAAUCCGAUGAUGAAACAGAGGAGUCGGUGAAGUUUAAGAGGUUGCACAAGCUGGUGAAUUCUACUCGCAGAGUCAGGAAGAAACUCAUAAGAGUUGAAGAAAUGAAAAAACCCAGCACAGAAGGUGUGGAAGAGCACUCACUUGACAACUCUCCUAUACUGGAUGACAGAUCAGCACUUUACUCUGGAGUUCACAAGAAGCAAUUCUACUUUGACAGCUCCUGUGAAAAGCAGCCAGAGGACGACUCGGACUCACUUACUACUUCUCCCUCAUCCAGCAGUCUUGAUACGUGGGGAGCUAACCGAAAGCUAGUGAAGACCUUCAGCAAAACAGAUAGCCGUGGCCUUAUCAAGCCUCCCAAGAAACUUGGGACAUUUUUCUCUUACCCAGAAGAGGAGAAGUCCCAGAAAGUUUGCCGCUCCUUGACAGAUGGGGAAAUGAAGAAGAGCCUUGGCUCAUUGAGCCAUGGGGUAAGUACAGAAAGCAUUUGCUUUUAUGACAGCAACAGGCACAAGCACCAUCUUCUGGUGUCCCUGGAGGAGAUUCAGAGUGUAAGGAAGCAGAUCCGAUUGAAGAAAAUGGAUACUAACUAUUCCUGUUCCAGAGCUUUUCUUUGCCAGCGCCCUGCUAGGAAAGGAGCAUCCCCCACAACUUGCGACCUACAAUUACUGCGGCACAAAACCAAAGGGGGUGGAGGUUGUGGCUUCCCAAACAGAAGGCUACGAGGGCGCACCUCUGUCAGCGAGUUCAAUAUUACCUAUGUGGUGGAGAGAAGCCUGUACAGUCACCUCAACCUCUCACAGCUGGUGCGUCCCGUUACUGACAGGACCCUGAGCAAGGCCGACAAGCAGGACCUGAGGAGAUGCCUGCUGGAGGAGGAUGAGGAGGCCAAGAGGAAGUGGGCUGCUACAGUGGAUCGCUGUACUAAAAGGGUUCUCUUGAGAAUCCACCAAAAGUCUAGAACCUGUAGCUUUGGAGGCUUUGAUUUGACAAAUCGUUCCCUUCAUAUUGGAAACAGUUCUGACCAAAUGGGCAAGGAAGGAGACUUUGUUUAUAAAGAAGUGAUCAAAUCACCCUCUGCCUCCCGUAUAUCUCUGGGCAAAAAGGUGAAGUCUGUAAAAGAAACCAUGAAGAAAAGGAUGUCAAAAAAAUACAGCAGCUCUUUGUCUGAGCAGGAGUCCAGCCCUGGGAUCGUGCCAGGUUCCCCGCAGUCACCACCCCCAGACACUGACUCCCUGGACAAACCCAAGCUGAAAGCUGGUGGCUCAGUGGAGAGCCUGAGAAGUUCCUUAAGCGGUCAGAGCUCAAUGAGUGGUCAGACAGUGAGCACAACAGACUCCUCAACCAGCAACAGGGAGAGUGUGAAAUCAGAAGAUGGUGACGAUGAAGAGCCUCCUUACAGAGGACCUUUUUGUGGAAGAGCCAGGGUUCACACUGAUUUUACUCCAAGUCCUUAUGAUACAGAUUCUCUGAAGCUCAAGAAAGGUGACAUCAUUGAUAUAAUAAGCAAACCCCCCAUGGGCACGUGGAUGGGUCUGUUGAACAACAAAGUUGGCACCUUCAAAUUUAUCUAUGUGGAUGUGUUAAAUGAAGAGGAAGAGAAGCCGAAGCGCCCCACCAGGAGACGUCGAAAGAGCAGACCACCCCAGCCCAAGUCAGUUGAGGAUCUCUUGGAUCGCAUCAAUUUGAAGGAACACAUGCCCACUUUUCUGUUCAAUGGUUAUGAAGAUCUGGAUACCUUUAAGCUUUUAGAAGAAGAAGAUUUGGAUGAACUGAACAUCCGAGAUCCUGAGCACAGAGCUGUUCUCCUCACAGCAGUGGAACUUCUUCAGGAAUAUGAUAGUAACAGCGACCAGUCAGGAUCUCAGGAGAAACUUCUCAUUGAAGGCCAAGGCCUAACCGGAUGCUCUCCUCGGGAUUCUGGCUGCUAUGAAAGCAGUGAAAACCUGGAGAAUGGUAAAACUCGAAGGACCUGUCUUCCUCCCUCAAAAUCAUCAAGUGAGCAUAGCUUUAGGGAUUUCAGCAGAAACCAGCUAUCAAAUUAUCCCACACUUCCACUGACCAAGUCAAUAGAAACUCUGCAGCCAGGGGAGAAAGAAAGCCGGCUGGGUUGUGCACAUCGUGCUCUGAAGAGCUCUGUCAAGCCUCCGGCCACCACAGGUCUGAAGAAGAACCGCAGAAGUUUACCAGUUGCUGUGUGUAGAAGCUAUGAAACUCUGGAUGGCCCCCAGGGUAUAGAUACAUGGCCAAGAUCUCAGUCACUGGAUGAUCUCCAGGGAGAACCCAAUACUAACUUACAGGACGCUAACAAGAAAGUAGGUUAUUUUCCUCAGGAUUCACUGGAUAUAGCUAAAAAAGCAACUGGCUCUGCCUUGCCAAUUCAAUCUCAUGGAGGCAGCUGUAAGGUAGAUGAUGUCAUGGCUAAGCAGGGCAAAGGAGCUGCUAUUUCUCAGAAGGGAAGAGCUAAGGAAUUGACCUGCUCUGUAAUGGAGACUGCAGGUGGAAAGCCUGCUCCAUUCCCCCUGAAAAACUGUGAAGCUCAGCCUGCCUUAGUGAUGCAUCAUGCAACAAGGACACCUCUGGAAAUACAGAGUAAAGUUUUUCAUGACCUUGGACGGGCUGAUUAUACUCCAGUCCUGAAGGGAGGUCUAGAAGCUGAGCAAAAAAGCACAAAUGAGGCAAGAAUGCAACCAAAACAUCCUUCUCAGCCGCCACCUGUCCCUGCCAAAAAAUGCCGAGAACGCUUUUCUAAUGGAUUAUAUCAUCCUCCCACAACCACAAGUGGAAACAACUCAAGUUUAGAAGCACCAUGUUUGCCAGUAAAAAAAACAAGCUCAUCCACUCCUAUUGAUUGUCAUGGAGUACCUGUCCAUAGGACAUCUUCUGAACAAGAGCCCAGUAGCCCUCCUAGCCCGCUGCCACCCUGGCUGUCGGAGCUCCCAGAGACUGCUAGUGUUCAGCAGCAUGUGGUAAAGCUCGGUCCUGCAUCAGCAAGGAAAGUCUCCUGCAGCAGAGGAAUGGAUCUGGAAAUGGUGAUCGAAAACAAGCUGCAGUCUGAAGACAUUGAUCUUACUGAAGAACCAUACUCAGACAAGCAUGGUCGUUGUGGCAUUCCUGAGGCUUUGGUACAGAGGUACUCUGAAGACUUGGAGCAGCCUGAAAAGGAUGUGGCUACAAACAUGGACCAAAUCCGGGUAAAGCAGCUGAGGAAGCAGCAUCGCAUGGCAAUUCCAAGUGGAGGACUCACAGAAAUUUGCCGUAAACCUGUAUCCCCAGGACUCAUCACCUCUGUGUCUGACUGGCUGAUUUCCAUUGGUCUGCCUAUGUAUUCCAGCCUGCUCACAGAAGCAGGAUUCAACACACUGAGCAAAGUGCCUUCUCUGUCACAAACUUGCCUUCAAAAAGCUGGCAUCACAGAGGAAAGGCACAUAAGCAAGCUCCUGGCAGCAGCAAGACUCUUCAAACCUCUUGAUCCAGAGGCAAUUUGA